AAACCACAGUGACCAAUCAUUUCCCAUUGUCGGCAGUUCGUGGCGUACUGCAAAAAUUUGUUUUCGUUAUUUCGGUGGUAAUUCCUCAGAGAAAACACUUACAAAUACGUACAGACACUUUCCUUGUGAUUUUGUUUAGCAUCAUCGCAUACGCAUAGAAUCGUGUGGAAAAAUGGACCAGGCAAUGGACAUAAACGCCUUCGAGGGCCGGAUUGUGAAGAUGGAAGUGGAUUACACCGCAACGUGUGAUGAGAAAAUUCCGCUGUGCAAAGAGAUGGCCAAGGAUGAGAGCAAAUUCAACGAAGCGCUCGAGGUACUGCUGCAGCUGGAAAAACAAACGCGCAUCGGUGCCGACAUGGUAUCGAGCGCCCGCGUCUUGAUAGCCAUCGUACAGAUUUGCUUCGAAGCCCGCAAUUGGAACUAUCUGAACGAGUACGUUACCAUUCUGGUGAAACGGCGCUCGCAAUCGAAGCAGGCCGUCGCCAAGAUGAUCCAGGAGUGUUGCACGUACGUGGACAAAACUCCGGACAAAGAGACGAAGCUGAAACUGAUCGACACCCUACGCACGGUCACCGAAGGUAAGAUCUACGUGGAGGUUGAACGUGCUCGGCUUACAAAGAUGCUUGCCGACAUUCGGGAAGCGGACGGGGACGUGACGGGUGCCGCUACCAUCAUGGAGGAGCUGCAAGUGGAAACGUACGGCACAAUGGACAAGCGGGAGAAGGUGGAGCUGAUCCUCGAGCAGAUGCGCCUAUGUUUGGCAAAGCAGGAUUUCGUUCGUACGCAGAUUAUUGCUAAGAAAAUUAACAUUAAAUUCUUCAACGACGCCGAACAGCAAGAUCUGAAGCUGAAGUAUUACGAUCUGAUGAUUCGGCUCGACAAGGACUCAUCCUUCAUCAAAACUUCCCGACACUAUCUGGCCGUAGUCGACUCGGACAUGAUCGCCCAGGAGGCCGAAAAGCGCCAGAAAAUGAUGAUCUACGCUGUUCUUUACUGCAUUCUUUCUCCGUACGACAACGAACAGGUCGAUAUGAUGCACAACCUAUCGAAGAACAAACUGCUUGAGGAGCUUCCCGUGUAUAAAGAACUGCUGCGUUUGUUCAUGUGCAAAGAACUGAUUAACUUCGAUGCUCUCUGCACGGUUUACGGUGCCGAGCUGAACACGUUCGACAUCUUUAACCAGGAAACGAGCCAUGGCAAAAAGUGCUGGGCUGAGCUGAAGAAUCGUCUCAUCGAGCACAAUGUUCGCAUCAUUUCAAACUAUUACACACGCAUCAAUCUGAAGCGAAUGGCCGAACUGCUGGAUUUGAGCGAACGGGAGUGCGAAGAAUAUCUAUCCCGAAUGGUAAACACCGGUACGCUCAAGGUGAAGACGGACCGGCCGGCUGGAAUCAUUCAUUUCUCGCAGAAAAAGACGGCUUCCGAGGUGCUGAACGAUUGGGCGUUCGGACUGAACGAGCUGAUGAAUCUGGUAAACAAAACCUGCCACCUGAUCAACAAGGAAGAGUGCAUCAAUAAUGUCAUGCCAGCCCCGGUGGCCGGCGGGGUGGCCACGUCGUCGACGGCGUCGUGAAGAUGGUACUGACUGCUAUCGCUUUGAACGUUCAUUCGUAUAAUUUUUCUUGUUCCUCGAUCAAGUAAAAUUGAAUACAGUGGAACAGGCAAAACUUCUCCUUUUUAUAGAAACUCCGAAGUUUGGCAGUAAAUCAGUAUAAAUGUUAAUUGAAAUAAAGUCGACUGAAUGAAACGGCAUA